GUUAAUCGGAAUAUGAAUUGAAGGAUUCCAGUUGUUUUGAACACAGACGACGGAGGUAUCAGAUUUCCGAGUUCCCAGUUGUUUUGAACGCAGCAUUAGUAGCAAACUAGUCGGUUUGAUGCUGGGAAUAUCUGUGCUAGUUAGCCGGCGCUAAACAGGUGUCGUCUCACUCAAAGCCAGUUAUCUAAAUCCAUUCUCUGAUCAACGUGGGCGGUUUAUCUGAUCAUCCAAAGGAUGACGGGAGAUGAGGCUACUGUCUCUUUGGUGGAUGUUUUGGAAGAAGAUGAAGAGUUGGAGAAUGAGGCGUCUGCUGUUUUAGCUGGCAGUGAUUCUGAGAAGUGUUCUUAUCCUGAGGGCUAUGUGAAGCGACAAGCCCUCUAUGCCUGUAGCACCUGCACACCAAAGGGGGGAGAGCCAGCCGGCAUCUGCCUGGCCUGCUCCUACAAAUGCCAUGAAGGCCAUGACCUUUUUGAGCUCUACACCAAAAGGAAUUUCCGCUGUGACUGUGGAAACAGCAAGUUUGGAGAGAUGGCGUGCAAGCUAUACUCAGACAAGAAUGAGUUGAACACAGAGAACAAAUACAGUCACAAUUUUUUUGGUCUGUAUUGCACCUGUAACAGACCGUAUCCAGACCCAGAAGACCUGGUUGAAGAUGAGAUGAUUCAGUGCAUUGUCUGCGAGGACUGGCUUCAUGGCAGGCACUUGGGCUGCCCUGUGCCGGAGUGUGUGGAGCUCCAGGAGAUGGUGUGUGAGUCCUGCAUGAACAAGGCUCCUUUCCUGUGGACCUACGCUACUCUUCUGGCAGUGCCUGCUGCGACCAAAGCCAGCCCCUGCAAAGCGGAGGGGGAGCUGAAGAAAGACCAUGAGGAGGGCAAGAACACAACAGAGGAUGCCUCCACAAGCCUCAACAACCAGGGGGAAGAGAAGGUAAAUGCCAAUGGGGGGCCAGGUUGCAAAAGGGCGCACCAGGAGAUAGAGGGAGGCUCGCCCUCCAAAGCACCCUCUGAGUGCAGGCUCAAGGAGCUGAGGGGCACAGGGACAGAGAGAGCAGAGUCUGGAGCUGUGUUCUGGCCAUCAGCCUGGAGAACCAAACUCUGUUCCUGUGUCAGCUGCAAGAAAUUCUAUGCCGACGUGAGUGUGUCCUUCCUCCUGGAUGAGUCGGACACUGUCCUAGCCUACGAGAACAAAGGCAAGACCACUGAACAGGAGCAGGCAGGGAGCACCGAGGGUCGCGACCCCCUGAUGUCGGCCCUCAACACCCUGGGCCGGGUUCAGCAGCUGGAGAUAAUCCAUGGGUACAAUGACAUGAAGACUGAGCUGAAGGAUUUCCUGCAGAGAUUUGCUGCAGAAGGAAAGGUGGUGACUCCUGAGGACAUCCGUCAGUUCUUCGAACAGCAGCAGAGCCGCAAGAGACGACGGGCCAAUGCGGGCCAGUACUACUGCAGCUGAGCCGUCUCCAUCCCAUCUGCUCUCGCCUGUUAGUAUAGCUGUUUUCCUUUUGAUUCUUUCCACUGAAUAUCAUUGCCUUACAUCCAAUAUCAUCUUUGAGUUAAAUGCCUCAGCUGUUGUUGUAAAAAAGAAAGAAAAUGCAGUUAAAAAAAAAAAGUAAUUGAACUUUGUAUGAGCUUUCGUGUUAUCUUCUUUUGGGCAGUAUGCUUUGCUGUACUGUACUCUGGGCUCUGCCUUAAGAGUUGCUAUGUAAUGUGAUUUGUCUAACUAUUGAGGCUAAGCAGGUCAGUGAACUGACAUUUGAUUGAAGUGGAUUACUUUUUCAAGAGGGAAAUGUUUGUCCGUCUAUCAUGGCUCGCCAAAUACUUUGUUUUGACUGGAGAGAGUUUGUCUGCUAGCAACAGUCUUCCAGACAACAGACAGAGCGGUGACCCCAGUCUUAUUAUGGUGACCCCUUCACCUUUCAUUUACCUUUUGCAUUUGAAGAUUCACGUCAAUGGAUUUGCUCUUCAAAGCUCAUUCAAACUGAACGCAUUAUCCAUUGCUGCACCGCAAAUCAAGGUUAAGCUGGUCAAUACAAAGGCAUUGUUUUGUCUAGUGAUUUAUCAUUCCCACAACAUGCUUUCUUUCCUUAGUGGCACUUAUGUUGCAGUUACCUUAGUGCUGUCACAGCUGAUGACAGUACUAAAUCUCAUGAUUGCAGUACCCUGACCCACUAGUACAGUUUGCCUGUUAAAGGACCACACUUAGUAUUACCAUUGGUUUCUCUGUUCUAAUGUUCACUCUUUGAGAAAUAAAGCUAUGAAUAAUGUA